AUGAGAUCCUGUAAGCUUUAAAAGUAUGAAUUAAUUAAAUAUAACACUGUUAACAACCUAACAAUCUCUCGCGCUCUCUCUCAAGCAUGUCUGACCAAUUUGUGUGUGUCUUUGUAAUAUAUCCGAUCACUGUAGCGUCCGGCAGGGAUGCCUCUGUCCAGGAAGCUGUGCUAUGCCGUGGGAGGUGUGCCAUAUCAGAUUACUACUGCUGCCAUUGGCUUCUCCUUACAGAUUUUCCUGCUAAACGUUGUACAGAUCGAAGCCUUCUAUGUUUCUCUGAUCCUGUUUGUGAGUCGGGCCUGGGAUGCUGUAACAGACCCACUGGUGGGGUACUUGGUGAGCCGCAGUGGCUUGACACCYAUUGGCAAACUCAUGCCAUGGGUGGUUCUCGCUAUGCCUUUUGGGGUCCUCUCCUAUGUCCUGCUGUGGUUCAUGCCCCAAGGCUCCAUGUCUCAAGCCUUCAGUGUUCCCUGGUACCUCACAGCAAGCUGCCUGUUUGAGACCCUCAUGACUUGUUUUAAUGUGCCUUAUCUUUCGCUGACCAUGUUUUUGGGUGGAGACCAGAGAGACAGAGACUCUACCACAGCCUACAGGAUGAGUGUGGAAAUGCUGGCGAUGCUGGUGGCCUCAGCAAUUCAGGGUCAGGUUGUGGCUGUAUACAACACAGAGAUGGCUGCAGCCUCUCCCCUCUAUAGUCUGGCUAGAGUGCGUCUGUCCUAUCUCACCACUCUAAAGAUGCUAGUGUGCCACAUUCCUUACCAACGACUGGUCCUUGGGCUCCUCUUUGCUGCACUUGCCUUUCAGAUGUCUUUGGGGAAUUUUGCACUGUUCUGUACCCAUGUAGCUGGGCUUGGGGCCCAGUUCCAACACCUUCUCCUGGCUCUGCUGAUAACAGCCACUAUAGCUGUUCCACUGUGGCAGGCAAUCCUGGUACGAGUUGGGAAAAAGACCACAUUCUUCAUCGGCCUAUCUCUCUUCAUCCCAGCUGUAACAAUCAUAGCUUGUGUACCCAGUAACCUGCCUUUCUUUGUGACCAUGUGUGUGAUGUUAGGAUUCAGCUUGGCAACCAUGUUCCUGCUGCCUUGGUCCAUGCUCCCGGACGUGGUAGAUGACUUUGCCUUGAGAAACCCCUGCUGCAAGGACCUGGAGCCCCUGUUUUUCUCCUGCUAUGCCUUCUGCAGUAAGCUGGGGGGAGGUCUGUCUGUUGGAAUCUCAACCAUGACAUUACAUUUUGUGGGGUAUCGUGCAGGUGCUUGUAGCCAUAGUGAGGAAGUGGUGACUGCUCUUAUUGUGCUGUUUGCCCCUGUGCCCAUCACCCUACUGCUGGUAGGGCUGGUCUUCUUCCACCUGUACCCCAUCAACGAGGAUCGACGCCUCCAGCUCCAAAGAGAGCUAGGAAGAGAUGUUGAAGCCAUACAUUCAACUGAUAUAGAAGAGAAGAUAGGAUCACACAUUCAUCAGUCAAGACACCAAACACAUGAGUCCAGUCUGAAGUCAUGUGGCGAGUUACAGCCAACUAAGUCCUGUUGUAUUUUAAACAAGCCUACCUUGAAAAGUCACAACAUCAGAGGCUCCAAAAAGUUAAAUAACCAAUCACAAAAUCCACUGGAGUUCAGGCCUGAUUUUAGUUCCCAUUCACAAGUAUCUAAGACCAACUUGGAUAACCUUCUAUGGAAUUCUUGGCCAAAUUCUAAUCACUGCUCACAUAAAUCGGAUCAUAGGAUGUCUAACAAGUCUGAAGGAAAAUGUAAAAUUACAUUUGUCUAAAAAAUCAUAUAUAAACAAUUGUGCCAAUGUCACGGGUGGGAUCUUCUACACCAGCAGUCCCCAAUUACAUUCAGCCAUGAGACGAUUUUUACUUGAGCGGAUGGUCGGGGGGUCGGAACAUAGUUUUAAAUAAUUUGUACACUGUAAAUUGACCAUAAGAAUCCUAAACAGAUAUAGUAUUAGACAAAAACUAAAUCAUUUCAAACCUUGAUUACAUUGGGAUAUAAUCACAUAUGCCUAUAUUUGUGUGGGAAUACUUGG